GAUUUUGAUGAUGAUGACACCUCGCGCGAACAUGAAAAUCUGAUGCAUAAACAGACAUUGACGGCAACAAUCAUACCUACUCAGGCAAAUUACAUGAUUGAUGUGAUGCAUAACGGACAAUUACAUCCGACACCAGUAGGCACGGCCUAUCAGCUUCGCCCAGGACUAAAGUAUCUCGAUAGAAUCGAUGAGAAGCAAGGUAGCCGAUAA